CGGUUGUCGAGAUUUUGUUCGAAUACACUUUUAUUGUGCAUCUGUUGGGCGCGAAUUCACUUAAGGUAGUCAUCAUAUCAUGGAACGAACGUUCAUAAUGGUUAAACCUGAUGGGGUGCAACGAGGUCUUGUUGGUGAGGUUAUACAACGAUUUGAAAGGCGAGGCUAUAAGCUUGUUGCAAUAAAAAUGAUGCAUGCCUCAGAACAGCUUCUUCAGAUUCACUACGAGGCACUCAAAUCUUUACCAUUCUUUCCAAAACUAGUUGCGUAUAUGUCAUCUGGACCUGUUGUACCAAUGGUAUUCGAAGGGCGUAAAGUUGUUGAGAACGGACGUACAAUGUUAGGUGCUACUAAACCUGAAGCAAGUUGUCCUGGAUCAAUAAGGGGAGACUACUGCCAAGAUGUCGGAAGAAAUGUUGUCCACGGAUCAGACUCAACUGAAAGUGCUAACAGGGAAAUCAACUUAUGGUUUACUCCACAAGAACUAUGUCAAUAUAAACAAGCCGUUGACCCUUGGAUCCAUGAAUAGACUGCUGUUUGAUCACCAUUUUAUCCCUGUAGACUGAGUGAUUGGCUAUUUUCCAAAUAAAUUGGAGGUUGUGUUGUAUUACUACUAACUGAUGACUUUAUAUAAUGUUUAUAUAAUGGUAUCUUUGUGUCAGUACCAAUAAUAAAACGUCUGGCAGUGGACUGCACUGAUCGCCGAU